AUGGAGAGCCAGAGCGAUGUCCCGCUCCUCCCGAAGCUCCCGCGGCCGCCGGCGGAGAAGAGGGGAGGAGGCAAGAUUAUCCAGGGACACCUGGCGAGGGAGGUGUGGGAGGAGUCCAAGAAGCUGGGGGAGGUGGUCGGCCCGGCCGUCUUCAUGAACCUGGUGUUCUCCUCCAUGAACCUCGUCAGCCAGUCCUUCGCCGGCCACCUCGGCGACCUCGACCUCGCCGCCUUCUCCAUCGCCAACACCGUAGUAGACGGCUUCAACUUUGCCAUGCUGGUAUGUGCAUACAGAUUACAGACGCUUCUCUUGCUGCCUAGCUAUAUCUGCUCUCUCGUUGUAAUGUGUGAGAUCCAAAUCUAA